AUGAGUUUAGAUCCAAACAAUCACCAGAAUGCUGUUUCUGCAGCUGCCAAUGCUCUUCAAGCAGUAGGUAUUGCUCAAACCAAUAAUCCACACCAUCAACAACAACAACAACAAGCUGCUCAGCAAUACGCUCAACAAUUGCAACAUAAUCAAUACUAUCAACAAGUCCAAGCUCAGCAACAAGCUCAACGUGCUUCCCAGCAAGCUGUUUCUCAACAUCAACAACUGUUAAAUGCUGCUAAUCAAUUGCAACAAGCUCAGGCUCAACAGGCUCAACAUCAACAACAAUAUCAGUCUGCGCAACAACAGUUGGCACAACAUCUCCCACAAGCUACAUCAAAUUCAAAUCAAAAUCAAAAUAAUCAAGGUUUAAUUGUUCCAACUCAAGGUCAAGGUUUCCAACCAACUCAACCUCAAUCUGAAUUUGGUUCAAGACAUGAUUUAAUUUCAUAUAUUCAUUCUUAUGCUAGAGAAAAUGGUUUUGGUAUUGUUAUUUCUCAUUCAAAUGAAAAAGCCAUUUAUUUUACUUGUGAAUUAGGUGGUUCUUAUAGAAAUAAAAGAAAUAUUAAUGAUAAAGAAAGAAAGAGAAAAUUAACUACAAGAAAAAUUAAUUGUCCAUUUACAAUGGUGGCAAAUUGUAAAAAAAAUGAUAAUGAUGAAGUUGUUAAAUGGGUCUUGAGAAUUACAAAUGCUGAUCAUAAUCAUGAUAAAAUGAAUUUAAAUGAAAGUUUCCCAAUGUUAAGAAGAAGAAAUCCUGAAAUUAAUCGUCAAAUUAGAGAAUUAUAUAUGAAAGGUAAUAAACCUUUAGUUAUUGAAAAAUUAUUAAAAUCUCAUUUUAAAGAUAUUUUAAUUAAUAGAGAAGAUAUUUAUAAUGAAACAAGAAAAAUGAAGAGAGAAGAAAGAUUGAAAAAUUCUCAAGGUUUACCACUUCAACAACCUCAAAUUCAACAACAUCAACAACAAGUUCAACAACAAGCUCAACAAUUACAAAAUCAAAUCGUUCAAGAUCAAUCACAACAAGUUCAACAACAAACUGCUCAACAAUUAAAAGAUGAAGCUAAUUCAUUCGAACAAAAUAUUCCAAGUUUAUUACAAGGUCAAGGUUUACCAUUAGGUUUAACAAAUCAAUAUUUACCAAAUUUACAACAACAAACUCAACCUAAUCCAAAUCAACAAAAUAAUCAAUAUCAAUAUAAUUUACAUCAACAAGCUGCUGCUGCUAUUAAUGCUCAAAAUGUGGGUCAAGCUUUAGCUCAACAACCAAAAGAUGAUAAUUUAAGUAAUAUUGAUAUUAGUUUAGUUAAACAACAAGGUUUAUAA